AUGGUUGCAGCCGAAGAUUCACCGAGAGUGAACACAAGUGUUUCAGGCAAGGCCUUCCUAAAGUACGCAUUGGCGGAACUGUCAACGGAGCUGAUGUGUCCGCGUCCACCAGCAGCGCCAGAAGACGGUCCAGUGAUAGUGGUUUGGGGCUUCAUGACACGGCUGGGCGAACAACAGCAGCCCAUCACCUCCCUGCCCUCCGUGCGGCCGAUGGGUGAGGCCGACUCCAUUCUCAUCAUUGAUCGUUUCAAACCCGUUCACGCCAACUUCUAUACCUGCGAGGUUAAUGUCCCUACCACCUCCGAGCGCUAUUUCUACGUCUUUCAGGUCUAUUUGGCGGAACUCUUUACCCCAAAACCCUCUAACUUCGCACCCCGUCCACGACAAAAUCAGCCGCUGGCGAUUCGGUUAGGCGAGAGGCUGGAGCUUCGAUACUACGAGGAUCUGACUCCCUCGCAGUCCUACACCGCCGAGAACAUUUCUAAUCCCCCUCCACAAAUUGAAUGGUUCCGGCUGUCAUCAGGUCACGAGGAGCCCACAAGGAUACUCCCGGGAUCCAGCACUCACGUGGGCGCACAUAUGCGAAUUUACGUGAAGAAUGGGCGGCACUUGGUGAUCAAGGACGCCAGGGAAGAGGACAGCGACGCCUACGAAAUGGUUCUCUCUAGUGUCGCUGGUCGUGUCUCUGUGCCCUUCCAGAUUAUGGUCUCGUUCCCUCCCGAAUUCGAACCGGCGAAAGAAUCACAGACUUUAGACGAGGGUGAACCUCUCAUGCUCAGCUGCCAAAUUCGACGACGCGCCAUUCCUGGAAGUCGAAUUUACUGGGAGAAGGACGGUCGACCCCUGGUCAACUACGGAAAUGAUAUUUUGGCGGAGGGUGAUGGCGAACUCUUGCGUCUACCGCACGUGACCGUGGAUCAUCAAGGACGCUAUCAGUGUUUCGUCAUCACCGACGGCUACCCCAGGAAGUUCCCAGGUCAGAUGCAACACAUAGAGAUUCGCGGUCGGCUGCAAUUCGUCCGCGAAAUCAAGGAGCACUUCCUCGAGGUAAAUGUUCAGGGCAAGCUAACCUGCAAGGUGCGUGGUUACGGCCAACUCAAUAUAGACUGGUUUCGUAAAACUGUCAACGGCCUUGAGUCCAUCCAGAAACCCAACCAGGUUGAGAAUGGUGUGCUCAUCUUUCAGUAUGUUCAAAAGCAGGAUGCUGGAGAGUAUGUUUGCGUGGCCAGGUCGAACUACCGAGAUGAAGAAAUCCAGAUGAACGUCAAAGUCAUCGUGGGAGAGAAACCACGGAUCUCUGACAUCAGCACGAAUCAAACUAUCCAAGAGGGAAGUCGUCUGGUGUUGAACUGUAAGGCAUCCGGAGAUCCUCGGCCACAGAUAAGUUGGAUCGUAAAGAGGCCGAACAUUCGAGAUCCCUUCAUUUACUCUGCACUAAUGUCGGGCCAGACAAAUACAGAGAGCAUUUUGGAGAAUGUCUUCGACCCCGGACGGGCAGGAGUUGAGGAUGCAGGAGGCUCUCUAAUCAACCCCGGACCCCUUGACGAUCGAAUCCAAGUUCUCCCCAACGGGAGCCUUGUAAUCAAUCAGGUUCUGUUGAAGGAUGAGGCAGAGUACAUAUGCAUUGCUGGCAACAAACAUGCCAUUCAAACUCGUCAGGGUGUUCACGUCAGUGUUCUCACUCCUCAUGAAUAUGUUAAGCUGGAGCAUGGAGAGGAGACGUUGAGUCCGGGCAUGGCGAGGACAAUCGUUAUUGUUGUGAACUGCGCAAUUGCCUAUCUAGGCUUAAUCUUCGGGCUUACAGUGUACUGCAGCGUUAGGUACUUCAAAAAUCGGCGUCAUCGAGCCCAGAAUGCUAAGACGCCGGAAUCCGGCCACCUGAUAGCUCAAGGUGGACCGUCCCUGACUCAGGACAACAACUGCGUGCUCCUCCUCAACGACGAGAUGAUGACAACAGGUUCUCGAGCUCCCACAGGUUCACCUAACGAUACCUCCGCCACUGAUUUGGGGGUAAUGCAGAACUUUAGCAACUACCGUAACAAUGGCAGUGCCAAGACCUACUCACCGGCAAACAACUUUGUGAUGGGUAACGAUGGCCCGCCGCCACCCUCGCGUCAGCUCUUCCCUCCCACCACCGCAGUAGGAGGUGGCGGAGGAGGAGGGGGUGGGGCCAACGGCACUGUGUACCCAGUUAGUGUGACCAGCACGACCACUGGAGAGUCCUGUGGCUCUCGGAUGGUCGCUGCGCCACCCCCAACCCCACUGGACUCACGAUCGCAUCGGAGCGGACUUUCCUCCUCUGGCAACUCAGCCAGUGCCUACUCGCGGUCUCUCAUCAGCGGCGCCUCGAACAGCACAGGUCCUCCACCUCCGCCAUUCACUGGUGGUGGGGGCGGUGGUGCCUACACCGUCCACGGAAGCGGCGGUAGCGGGAGCAUUGUACUCAACGGCAGUGCUCUUGGUGGUCAAUACCACCACCCCUCCGAAAUGAUGGGCGUCUACAAUCACUGA